UGACGUGUCUCUAAAGCGCUUCCUUUCUCAACGCUUCGCCGGUAGCACAAGACUGUUCCUGGCUCCACACUGGGAGCUCAGAUACUGAACAAGAUUCACGGAAAAGAAUACAAUGGCCAUUAAGUUUUUGGAGGUAAUAAAACCGUUCUGUGCGGUUUUACCCGAAAUUCAGAAACCAGAAAGAAAGAUCCAGUUUAGAGAAAAGGUUCUAUGGACUGCCAUCACCUUGUUCAUCUUUCUUGUGUGCUGUCAGAUCCCUCUGUUUGGCAUAAUGUCUUCAGAUUCAGCCGAUCCAUUCUACUGGAUGAGGGUCAUUAUGGCCUCCAACAGGGGUACUCUGAUGGAGUUGGGUAUCUCUCCCAUUGUGACCUCUGGUCUCAUCAUGCAGCUGCUGGCUGGAGCUAAAAUCAUUGAAGUUGGAGACACCCCUAAAGACAGAGCACUGUUCAAUGGGGCUCAGAAAUUGUUUGGAAUGAUCAUCACCAUUGGCCAGGCUAUCGUGUAUGUGAUGACGGGCAUGUAUGGAGACCCCUCAGAGAUGGGUGCUGGCAUCUGUCUGCUCAUCAUCAUUCAGUUGUUUGUGGCUGGUCUGAUCGUGCUGCUGCUGGAUGAGCUGCUCCAGAAGGGCUAUGGUCUGGGCUCUGGCAUCUCCCUCUUCAUCGCCACCAACAUCUGUGAGACCAUCGUAUGGAAAGCCUUCAGCCCGACCACAGUCAACACAGGCAGAGGUACUGAGUUUGAGGGAGCCAUCAUUGCCCUGUUCCACUUGCUUGCCACACGUACUGAUAAAGUGCGUGCUCUCAGAGAGGCCUUCUACAGGCAGAACCUGCCCAACCUCAUGAACCUCAUCGCUACUGUCUUUGUCUUUGCUGUGGUCAUAUACUUCCAGGGCUUCAGAGUUGAUUUGCCCAUCAAGUCUGCACGUUACCGUGGCCAGUACAACACUUAUCCCAUCAAGCUGUUCUACACCUCCAACAUUCCCAUCAUCCUCCAGUCUGCACUUGUGUCCAACCUCUACGUCAUCUCUCAGAUGCUGUCCACUCGCUUCAGUGGCAACUUCCUGGUCAACCUGCUGGGAACUUGGUCUGACACAUCCUCUGGUGGUCCUGCCCGUGCCUACCCUGUAGGAGGCCUUUGUUAUUAUCUUUCACCUCCAGAAUCCUUUGGCUCAGUGUUGGAGGAUCCAGUCCAUGCUCUCAUCUACAUCGUGUUCAUGUUGGGAUCCUGUGCCUUCUUCUCAAAGACAUGGAUUGAAGUUUCUGGAUCAUCUGCCAAAGAUGUGGCCAAACAACUUAAGGAGCAACAGAUGGUGAUGAGAGGACACAGAGAAACAUCCAUGGUGCAUGAGCUCAACAGGUAUAUCCCCACAGCAGCUGCAUUUGGAGGGCUGUGCAUUGGUGGUCUGUCAGUCAUGGCUGAUUUCCUAGGAGCCAUCGGCUCAGGAACAGGAAUAUUACUGGCCGUCACCAUUAUCUACCAGUACUUUGAGAUCUUUGUUAAAGAGCAGAGUGAAGUGGGAAGCAUGGGAGCGCUACUCUUCUAAAUAUUCUACACAUGGACACAUGCGUACACUGACACACACCUUGUCAAACUUAUUUUUAUGAGUGUUAUCGUCAUUAUUUUAUAUAAUUCCUUUUUUUUGGUGCAAGUUCAAGUGGUCGAUUUUCAACAGUGCUGUCUUGAGAGAACUCCCUGUUAUUGAUCAGGCUGGCUUUGAAAUGUUCUUUGGUCUGAGAUGGUGCAACACCAUCUCAGAAAUGUGAGAAAUACUGGUAAAGACUCGAUGGUUAGUUACCUAAGCUAGACUCUGUGAGCUCUGUUGAUGACUGUUGGGUGACCCCAUACAUUUCAUCCACUCCAGAUAUUGGUUUUGCUGGAGCAGCAGUUCUCCAACAUGACUCCCUCACAUGCAAGCACAGUUGUUCAUGUUUAAACCUCAGUCUUCAGCAUGCUCCUGAAAGGCUUUUUGUCCCUGGUGGCUGUAAGCGUGAGCCUCUCUGACAAUGUUACCAUGGUAAUGUUGCUGUUUGCUGGUUUCUUGAGGACAUUUGGUUGUGGUGUAAUUAGGCUUGUCGGAACCAUGCAAAUGCACUUUGUGUAUUGUAGGAGAUUGUGUGAUAGAAGUCCAAGUGGAAGAGAAAAGGUAAAACGUCACUAUUAUAAUAAGGACUUUCAGCCCCCCUCCCCCCCUUCCUUUUUUAAUGAGUGUGGUUAUCCAAGCAUUUUGUCUAUAUAAGGCAGAAAGGAUACUGGAUAACAGUUCUUUGGUGGGUGCUUGACUGAAAACCUGGAUUUUGUGGUUAAAAAGAACUUUCUCCACAACAAAAAACCUUUCCAAUGUCUCAUCGACUUAGUGUGUGUGUGUAUAUAUGACAUUUAAUGAAUGUGCCACCAUGUAAAAUAACUCAUUGUUUUUGAAUAUGUACAAAAAAUGCUGUUCUAAACAUCUACCUUCUGGAAAGAGUGCUCAUUCUCAAUAAAGGCUCUUUUUGUGAAAAAGG